AUGUUAAUGUGUCUCUACUGUUAAUCUCAUGUUGUGGUGCUGCUGUUGCCAACACUGAGUUACUGAGCAUUUCCUCAUUUGCAGUAAGUUUAGUGACACAGGUCUGUACAGCUCAGUAGCAUCAGGCGGGAUACUGAAUCACUGCUGGACAUGGAGCACUUUAUCCAUCACUGAACAAUCACUAAAGGCAAAUAUGGGGGAGAGCGUUGAUGUCAAGGCUCUGAGGGCCAGGUUCAACAGCAAGACCAGCACCUCGGACACCAGCAGCCGAGACAGCGGCUCCCCAAAAUCUCCACGACCUGGGUUUGGGAGGCCCAUCCUGCCGGUGACAGAGAACGAUUUGGCUCAUCACAGACUGUCUCCUGCGGUUCCCCCUCCACCGAUAGCGAGCCCAGGCCUGGUGAGGUUCCCCAGGGCAGAACUGAUGGCAGCCUCCAUCCCCUCCAGGCCUGCUUCCUUUCCUCGACUGCCUCCCAAUCCUGGCGUCAGAGCAUCCCUCCAGCCGGCAGACCCCGGCAAGGUCAAGCUGAAGGGGGAGAUGCUACAGAACAUGAUGCUGAUGCACCAGAGGCCUCCAGGCACCAAACCAGCCCCAGGUCCCGCUCCAGUUCAGGCUCCGGCACCAGCUCCCACCUUCACCCCUCUACCGCCGCGACAGCCGCCCCGACAGCCACCCCGACAGAGGAUCACAGAGGACGUGACCCCGCUGAGGAAGCCACUGCCCCCUGAAGGACGCCAGCCUUUGAAACCCAAACGGCCUCCCAAUGUCAACCUGGAGCCCUUUCUCAGGUUCAACCGAGGAGGUUCACAUGGACCUGCCCUUCCUGGUCCAAGAAAGAUUGACGGUUCCUCGGGCUCAGCCGGCAGAAAGAUGUCUUCACCUACAGUUGUCAGUCCUCCAAAACCGCCAGAACGAUCCAACAAACCCAUUCUGCCGCACCAAAUGGCCUCCAUGGAUAUUGAGGAUGACCAGGACACUUACGAUGACAUUGCAAGCUUUGAGAAGAACGAGUCCUGGAGCGACAAUUCACAUUGUGUAGACGAGGACGAUGAUGACGUGUAUGAGUUUAUUGAUGAGGAUCAGUUGGAGCUAAAUCGGGUAAAUGCUGAGAAGCCAGACAAAAAAGAAGCAAAGAGGCAACAGGCGCAGGAGAAGAAAGAUCAGAUGGAGCGUCAGAAAAAAGAAAAUGAGUUGAGGAAGAAUUUUCAGUUGCAAGGGGAAGUGGAGGUUCUUCAUACGGCCAGAGUCCGGCAUGACUGGCAAGGAGGAGGAAAACUGGAUCUCAGCGUGCGGCAAGGAGAUAGCGUGGAGAUCCUACGAGUGAAGAAUAACCCAGGAGGCAAAUGGUUGGCUCGCUCUCUCAGCGGAAACUAUGGAUACAUUAGUAACACAUGUGUGGAUGUUGACUAUGAAGCAGUGAAACGCAAAGCGCUCCAGUCCAGAAAAAUAGACGCAUCACCGUUGCCUCCACCACCUCCAGACCCCCCAAUGAUGUUAAGGGUUGAGUCCAAUAGCAGCGACAGCAUGCUUCAAGACGACGUUGACGAUGACUAUGAUGACGUUCAACCACUAACGGAGGAUUUCCCCCCACCUCCGCCUGAAAUCAGCAUAGAUCCUAAAGUGGAGAAGGAGCUAAGAAAAAGAUUUAAGUAUGAAGGGCCUGUCAGGGUGCUGCACUCCAUGAUGGUGGAUCCUAAUAGCAUCAUAAAGAAGUCAGGAGGCAAAGAUCUGCACGUGAUUCAGGGAGAAGUCGUGGACAUCAUCCAGCUCACCAACAACAAGAAAGCUCUGUGUUGCAACCGGUUUGGAAAAUAUGGUUAUGUGUCCAGAUCUCUUCUUCUUCCAAUGGAAGGAGAUAUUUACGACGAUGUUGACUAUCCAGGCGACGUCUACGACAACGACUCUCCACACACUGGUUAUUGAAACAUGUCAAACGCACAGUAAGAGAGAUACAGACAGACAAAAGAAACAAACUAUACAUUAAUUUAAAACUGAAAACUUAAGCUUUAUAAGAUAUAUAAUUAUCCAUCUGGAUACACAUGUUUGCUUUACUUGACUCCACCAGUUGCUUUUAAUUAAACAGGAUUCAAACACAGCCAGGCUUCCUGUUACAACUGAGGUGUCUGGCUCACAAACUAAAAAACUAAAACUGUAUACAAACUAUAAAACUGAAGGACGAAAAGGUACGGUCAGGUCUAGACACACACACACAUGCCCUGUGCUGAGUAACAAACUUAUCAACAUUGCGUUGUUUGUCAAACUGCUUGUAUAGAAAAUGAAUACACUAUUACUGUAGCUUUGUGUAUUGCUUGACCUCUGAGAUAAUUUAAAAUAAAGGAAAUUACUUUUAUUACUUUU